CAUUCUUAAAUUAAUUUAUGCCUAUAUGUUUAAGAAGUGUUAUUAAAAUUUUCGGGAUAUUAUAAAACCAUUUUAAUUAGUUUCAAAUGGACAGAUUUGAAUACAUGGAAGCAAGACUGUUUGAGGGAGAAAAUUAUUUAAAAAGGGAUAAAAGUGUUAAAAUUUACGAUGGAGAUGAAAAGACACAAUUUACUGAUGGCGAAGUGGUACUGACCACUCACAGGAUUCUUUGGGGUAAACCAGGUGACAUACCAAGAGGUCUUGUUUGCUUGUCCCUUCAUUUGUACUAUAUAUUCUGUAUUGAAGAGGAAAGUGGUGGAGUUUUUGGUCUCGGUGGUCCAAAGAGAAUCAUACUACACCUAGGGCCUGCACUUCCUGGUAAAAGACCAGGCCCAGUCGUAGGAAGUACCUAUCAUUUUAUAAAAUUUUCUUUCAAAGAUGGUGUGGAUCAAACUUUUUAUAGAGCCUUAACUGAUGCCAUAACAAUUAAGGCUUGGGAAAAUACAGCCAUACCAUCACCCGAAAAUAGUGUUUUAGGCUCUUCCAAUACUCCUAAGUCAUCAACACCAAUAAACACUAAAAUAAGGUCAGGUAUAGUUGGUAUUGAAAGGAGCAUAGAAGAGCAACAUAAGGCUACAGAUGCAAGUAUAAGUAUUGCAUUUCAAGAUUUAAAAAAGCUAAUGGAAAAAGCAAAGGAGAUGGUCACUAUUUCAAAAACUAUAUCAUCCAAAAUAAGGGAAAAGCAGGGAGAUAUUUCUGAAGAUGAUACUGUUAGAUUUAAAUCUUAUUUAAUGUCUUUGGGAAUAGAUGAUCCUGUGACAAGAGAUGCAUACAGAUCAGAUUCUGAAUAUUACAUGGGCCUGUCACAGCAAAUAUCGGACAUGAUGGUGGCAGUCAUGAUGGAUUGUGGUGGGAUAAUGUCUUUGGCUGAUGUUUGGUGCAGAGUAAACAGAGGUAGAGGCUUGGAGCUCAUAUCACCUGAAGAUUUACUCAAUGCUUGCAAACUUCUACCAAAUGUAGGGGCACCGAUGAGUCUUCGUAAGUUUCCAAGUGGUGCUUGUGUCUUACAAUUAAACAGUCAGAGGGAUGAAGAAGUUGCAAAAACAACUAGUGCACAGAUUGAGGAAAAUGGCUCCUUGACACCAGAAAAACUGUCCCAAAUAGAAAAUGUGUCAAUACUUCUGGCUCGGGAGCGAUUAUUUACUGCAGAACGCCAUGGCCUAGCUUGCAGAGAUGAAUCUAUUGAGGGAUUAGCGUUUUACCCUAAUUUGUUUUUAAGUCAAUCAUAGUAAUAAAUGUUAUUAAAAUAAAUAAAAUAUUAUAUAUUGCGUUACC